AUGGCUACUCUAAACCUGUCUACCAACGGACCUUCGAUAGCUAAGAGCUAUCAGACCGUCAUUGACUCGUCGCUGCCUGGCUCAGGUUCCCCUACUUACGGGCAAUGGGCCAUCUUUUCUGUUUCGGCUCCUCUUAUAAAUGCUUUCCAGCAAGACUCUGGCAGCAAGGAGAGUGUCUUGAAGGUCCAGGAUACUGGAGCCGGUGAGUUGUUGGAAUUGAUUGAAGAGUUCUCCGAGGGCAAGAUACAAUUCGCCUUUGUGAAAGUUCUUGAUCCGAACUCCAGGCUCCCCAAAAACGUGCUUAUUGCUUGGUGUGGAGAGGGCGUACCGGAGCGGACAAAGGGUUAUUUUACGAGUCAUCUUGCGGCUGUUUCUAAAUUUCUGCAUGGCUAUCAUGUGCAGAUAACUGCUCGUUCCGAGCAAGACCUAACCGCGGAGGGCAUAGUCCAGAAAGUUGGGGAUGCCUCUGGAGCGAAGUAUAGUACCGCAGGGUCGAAAAGUUUGCCUACCUCUACCCACAAGCCUCCGGUAUCAACAAAGCCUGUAUUUACCCCAACACGAACUGGAGGCAGUGUUGCGAACAGCCCAGCGGCUGUCAGUCAACCGACGGCGGCAACAAGGGCUGAGGAUGAUGGCUGGGGUCCUGAUGCACCGCCAGUAACUAGGACAAGCCUCGAAAAGGUUCAGCCAGCUUACAAACCCACGAAGGUGAAUAUCGAGGAGCUCAAAGCUGGCUUGAUGUCUACCCCUAGUUUAUCGGGGGGCCGAGACUCUGAAGACCGUGGUGAAGUCAUCAAGGGUGGUUAUAAGCCUGUCGGUAAAGUUGACAUCGCCGCCAUAAGAAGGCAAGCACGCGAAGCAGGCAAUCUUGCAGAUGAUCGUCCUGAGCCUGUAAAAGGCGCGUAUCAACCAGUUGGCAAGAUUGAUAUCGCUGCAAUUCGGGCUAAAGCACAGGGUGGGAACCAGAAUCCAGUCGACGCGCAAGGCCCUGUGAAGUCAAACCCAGCCUCAGACAUCACCAGGUACUCAAAUACGUCGAACAUAUCUUCUGUCGCGAAUCAAUACGAACGCCUGACAAGCUUGCCGAAGCCCAAAGUCGCAAAGAACACUGCUCCUAAUGCCACAUUUGGCACGAAGCCCCCCUUGCCUUCGCAGACGUCUCAACCUAUUGCACCAUUAGUGGGUAGUGCGAGCCGUACGUUUGCGGAUGAAGGGGGGAAGACACCUGCUCAGCUUUGGUCAGAACGUAAGGCUAAGGAACGCGGUCCACUAUCCAACACAAUUCCAUCCAAUCUACCCGACAUCAAGUCCAGUACACCGCCUCACAAUGGUGUUGAGCUACCACAGGGCAACGUCCGGCACCACGUACAGGCCGCUCAGACCGGUGACAUACCGCAGACUACCGAUCAUCCUCUGAUUGCACAUAGCUCAGCUCAUGACUCAGACACUGAGUCUGCACAGCCAAGCACAAAUCUCGGUCUUGACGAUAUAAGUUACGACAAACCUAGUAGUUCUCAAGAUGUCAAAGAAAAGUCACCGUCGACCAGCGGUGUCAUACCUGUGCCAGGACUUCAGGAGGCUGAUUCGGUUACGAAAUUUGAAGAUAGCCAUGAGUACAGGACCUUCGAGUCGCUCCCAACCCCUCCUGAACAGCCCCGGUCUCCGACUCCUCCUACUCCCUUGGCACCAGCGCGUGAGCUUUCACCUAUACGCGUGGCUGCUCCUAUUGGUAAAGGAUUGACGGACGUUCACAGCGAGCAGCAGUCCCCACCCCCUGCACUUCCAACCGAGAGCCUGCAGGAGGCGUUGCCAAAAGAAGAGGAUCUGGAUGAUGAUCAACAUGAUAUUGGUCGUGCAACGGCUGAAGCUACCGUUAGUGAAGAUGCUCAGCACAAAGCAGUUCAAGCUGUAGUCCUUUAUGACUAUGAGAAAGCGGAAGACAAUGAGAUCGAACUUAGAGAAGGCGGUCUUGUGAACAACAUCGAAAUGGUUGACAAGGACUGGUGGCUAGGAUCUAAUGCUCAAGGUGACAGAGGUCUUUUCCCCAGCAACUACGUGGAGCUUGUCUCCAGUUCGUCGCAAACCCACAAUGUGGCAGAUACCCAAGGUCUUCCCGAAGAUGAGGAAGUCUCAUCCUUGCCAAACGUCGUUUCUGGCCCUCCCACUACCGAACCUGAACCCGCCAGUGAACCUAAUGCAAUUGCUUUGUACGACUAUGAGGCCGCGGAGGACAAUGAAUUGAGCUUCCCCGAGGGCGCUGAAAUUUCACAUAUUGAGUUCCCAGACGACGAUUGGUGGUUUGGCCAUUACAAUGGAAAAACCGGACUAUUUCCUGCGAAUUAUGUGCAGCUAGGAAACUGA